CGAGCAAGUUGCUGUUUGAGCGCCGCGGAGGACGGCGAGCGGUGGCACUGUGCGCACACCGAGAGCACGAAAGAACCACUUUGUGUGUUGUGUGUGUGUUGACACGAGAGAGUUCAGCCCCCUCGCGCGUUCGUUCGUCCGUCCACCACCACAGACCACAACAGAUUGGAAGUAGGAGAACACAGGCAGAGAGAAGUGUGGCUUUAGUGUCAGAGCGUUGUGUGUGUGUGCUGCACGGGCCGGCCCCCUGUCUUCUAGCCUACCUUGCUUGUUUGUGCUAGUGGUUCCUUUUGUUGUGAUCAAUUCUCUUUCUCUUCUAAUUCGGAACCGCCUGGGAUCGAAGGCGACGCUGUGUGCUUUUUUUCAUUCUUUCUUUUGAGAGAGAUAGAGAGAGAGACGAGGAAAGCGGGGAUGUUUCUACUGGUCUCUGUAUUUUCCAUGUCCAUUGUUGUCACAUAAGUGAUUAGUCAUAGCGUAGGAUGGUUAGUAAUUCCAGGUCUGGAGUUGCGGCGACAAAUUGACAAAUUGUUGAUGCGACGGUCAAGUUCUUCCUAGUAUCCCCAGACGUCUAAUUCUAAUCAAUAACGUGUUUGGAAAGUCUGUCAGGAUUUUAUUCUCAUCGAGGUGAGUGAUAAUGUAGGCUUCAGAGUGUCAACAGUUUAUUUUCUUUGUGGAUUGUUCGCGUGAAAUGUGUUGUUGUGUGUUCAAUAUUCUGGAUUAAUCGGAUUACUUCUGCGGAUGGACAAAGAGUUGUGAGGACGGCGAUGGCUUCUUCCAGUAGCUCCAACAGUAUUGUUGAGGACUGGUUGCGAUCGGUGAAUCUCGUGCAAUACACCCAGUCUUUUAUGGACAACGGUUACGACGAUUUGGAGGUUUGUAAGCAGAUCGGGGAGGAUGACUUAGACGCGAUUGGCGUGUCCAAAGAAGAGCAUCGAGAGAGACUUCUGCGAGCUGUGAAAGUCCUCAAGGAAGAAGGUGGCACCGCUGUGUAUUUCACUUUGGAAGAGUGCGACACAUGUCAGAGCGGAGACGAGACGGAGGUCGGCGAGGGCAAUAAUGACGACGAAACGUGCUCCUCAUCGUCUGCUGUUGCUGCUCUUGCUCUGGCUGAGGCUUCUGGUGGUGGUGGUGCUGUCGUUGGUGGUUCUAGUGGUGCCGGAGUAGCAGGCCUAGGACUAGGGAUGCAUCCAGCUGGAAGUGGCUACCGUGUGGAUGCCUACGACAUGGGGAAGACCACUUUGUUGUCGUACCCCAAGGUUCAGCUCAAGCUGAUACUGCGGGAUAGGCUGGUGGAGAAUGGCAUCGACUUGGCGAGCCCACCCUACACCAACUCGG